AUGGAUUAUUUGGGAUGGCGACGUCCGUUGUUAGAGUAUCUGAAGAAUAGUUUAGAGGAAGUUACACGUGUGGAUUCAAGAACAGCUUUACUUCUUGCAAUUGUCGCACGUCUACCGCUUAACCCACGCAGUGGAGUGCAGGAACAUUGUAAGAAGAUAGCAGCUGUACUGGGGAAUGAUCUGCUUAAUGUUCCAUGGUCUUGUUUAUACAGUGAAAUCUCAUCAUCGGAUGAAAAAUUACUCUCAGAAUUACAGUGUAGCCGUUGUAAGGAAAUAGAAGAAGAAUACGAAGAAGAUGAAAAAUCUCGAAGAAUAUGCAAGAAGGAGCGAAAAUAUACCGUCACUGUGCGAGAUAAUGUCUUUCAUCUGGAUUCAGAUGGUUUUGUUGUGGAAGAGAAAGUGGAUUUGUCCGUAGUUCAGAAAGUCACAGAUAAUAUUUGGAAAGAUUCAACAUUGAAAUUGAUUUAUUUUAAACUGAUUGGUCGCCCACCUGGGUGUAUAUCCGAAUUUGAAACUUUUGCCCACUCGUUGUCAAUAUUUGCUCGUUUGCUUGGAGAUGGUAACACUUACAUAUCAGUUCUACAGAAUCUCUUAGCUAAUAUUCCAGUCUCCGACAAAAAUCAGUUUACCACUCCUUGGAAACUGACGGUAUCUUUGUUAUUCAAGGGAUCAAUUAAUUUCUUGUACGACGAAUUUGGUUCUGCAAAUUCAUCUUUUCAGAAGAGCUUAGUCGAAAGUAUCAUUUGUUGUUCAAGAAAGAUGGCCCGUCAUUUAGAUGUUUACAUGAAUUCUGUUGAUUUAAAUUUUGAAUUAUGUUAUAAUACACAUUAUGAACUGCACGAUGAAGUCUUGUUUCUUUACAGGCAAGAAGCUUAUUCAGAAGGUAAAGAACAGCUUAUUCACUAUAAAAAAGUACGCUGCUUAUACAUGUUUGUGCACGAAAUGAUCACUGAAAUCAUAACCAAUUGUUCCGAUAAAACUGUAAUCUCAGGAAUUCUAAAUUGCGUUCUCUCAUUACCGGAUGAAUAUUUCACUUUCAUAGAUUUUGAAUUAUUCUUGGCAACCUUCUUAUCCAGUCAUGUUAUCGAUAAUUUUAUUAGCCUUUCUACGAGUAUUCUAGCUAGGAAACAAAGGAUCACCAUCAGACGAACUGUAGUGGCGGCACCAAAACCAGUUCUGAUGACACUGCAAACACGGAUAAGAGUUUGGCAAGAAACCACGUUGAUAUCUCUUUUACAGGCUCUUUCACUAAUUUGUCGGUUAAUAACGAGGGAUGUGGAACUCAUUUCAUUACUCGUUCUGAAACGCUUAAAAAAUGAUUUAUUUAAUCUUAAAAGAAAGGAAGGUAACAAUAAAGAGACUGGGAUUUGGAUGCAUUGUAUCGCUUUGGCUGAAUUUAUCGACAAACAUCUGGUUGGACAACAGGCUAUUAAAUUUGCAAUCAGAGAUAUAAUUUUGCCAGUUGUAAGUGGUACUGAAGCAUGUGAGACAACAUCUAACAUCGUAUGUAUCAUUUGUCAACGAUGUAUCAUUGUUGGGAAGGAAGCAGUUUGCACAGAAAUUGCAACACUACCAUAUUGGUUUGUGCAGUAUGUGAAGCAGUAUGCAUUGAAAUUCAUUGAUGCUGCAAUGGAUUGGAUGGCAACUCCUAGCGAGCUAUAUUUACAUAUGUUUCGUAUCAGCCAGAUUUUUAGCUCGACAUUGCAAAUUAUUGUUGCAACUAACACUGAAGAAAACAUGCUGAAUCAUAUACUACGCAGACUACUAAGUAAUGAAUCACUUGUAUCAAGCGGAAAAUUUUUAGAAUGUCUUAGUCGAAUUUUAUUAAUUUCUACAUACUCGUCUCCUCAGUUCAAAUAUUCUCACAGAUCUCCAGAGUGUACUAAAAGCUUUAACACCUUUCGUUCGCUAAUAUAUGUCAUUUCGUUUGCGCUGCUACAGAAGCACCUUAAAAUUAAGCGUGACGUAGCAUCUUGUGAUGUUUAUAGUAUUCGCAAAAUGUGUUGUAUGCUUCGGCACACAUUGUUUAAUACGCAAUUUGAGGGUGAUGAAAAAAUUACUUUGUUUAUUGAGCUAAAUCCUCGUAUGAUUCCACUUCUGCAGUUACUGAGUGGAUUUCCGGUGCUUUCAGACUGCUUUCAACUUUUUCUUAAGUUUUACUUUGAUUUGGGGGACGCAAAUCUUUCAGCGACUGAUUUAAGAAGCAUAUUUGCAAUCGCAAAACUUGAGCACAAUUCUCAUUCAGCUUUGCUACACGCUAUAUUGGAAUAUUUGCAACAAAAAAAGGUCGAACCAAGAGAUGUCUAUCUUUUUCCACAAAUAGCUAGUUCUUGUAUGAAAUAUCGUUGCAGUAGAAGCCAAUAUUCCGCAAAGAAUGAUUCAAUUAAUGAAAAAUACAGAAUCAGAAGAUUCUCUGUUCCAUUAUCGCAUUUAUUAAUACCAUUUGGAAAGCAAGUUGAGCAAUUAUGUGAUCAUCAGUUACUUUCGCGGUCUGCAACUGAUUUAAAAAUAGAUCGAACAUAUUCCUUAAGUCAGUGCUGUGCUGCAGAACUUAAUCUCAAUCAGAUGUUAACGUUGAAUGAUGGAUUGACUGUAUCGUUUUGGUUAUUGUUAUUAGAAAACCAGAGAAAGGCCUCUUAUAGUGCAGCAGAAACAGUCUAUCCUAUUUGUUCAUUCAACAUAAGUGAUUCUUGUUUUUUGCUUCAGUUAUCAUCUUGCAGUCACUUACUGUACGUAAGUUGCACUAUGGAAGGUAAGGUGGUACGUAACAAGCGUGUUCCUUGGACUUUAAAACAUGAUGAGUGGAAUCACAUCGCAUUGUCUUUAAUUCGUGUUGAUUCAAUUAACUCAAUGCGUGUGUGGAUUAAUAACCGGUCUUUCACUUUAUCUGCUAAGCAUAAGAGCACGAAUAUCUCCAAAAAAUCUUUAUUCGUUUUUGGCUAUGGUUCAUUACUACAAGGUUGUGCAUAUUCAAAAAUAUUGUAUGGUUUGUCAUCAGUUUUUGGAUUUCGAGGCUUCCUGAAAUUCGAACAUGUUUUUAUUCUGCAUGCUCUUGGUCCUAAUUUCGUUUCACUCGAUAGAUGUAACGUUGAUUCCUUGACAGUGAGGCUAAUGUCAUUGUUACAUUAUAAUUUCAUAAAUCUUUCUUCUCGACAGAGUUCUCUUUUGGAACUUUUUGCUGACGUUAAGGCGAAAUAUAUUGGUCUUACAAAUAGUUUUGUUUUCAACACUAAGGACUAUUGGGUAGAUGUACAAUGGAAAUCUGAUUCACAAAGUAGCUCGGAAAAUGUGGAACAUAGUCAUUUGCCCCCUCCUAGAAAAUAUUUAUUGAAUUGGAGAGGUAAGAUGAUGAAACGCAUAUCAAAAUCCACGAUUGAUGAUUGUUUGAUGUCACUUGGUUCACAUAACUUACUUCUGUUUUUUUUUGCGCAGACCAUUGAUCAGGGGCAUAGCGCACAUGGACAAGCAGUCGCUUUUCGUCUGCUAUUACAUUUUUUAACACGAGUUAGUCCGUUUAUGGCUAAUUACACUGUUUCAAACAUGUACAGUUGUGUAAUACGAUGCGUUACAUCGCCACUUGCUCAUCUUGAUCAGUUGCUGGAAGUAAUUCAAGUUUUUUGCAUAUCAUCACCGUUUGAUAUGAAUUAUUCAAAAGAAGCAGAUAAAGAGCGAUUGAUAGUUAAUUCAGAGUUCUUAGUAAAAUUUGUUUGCACUGCCCAAAUAUGGAAAGGAGAAAGAAUUUUGCUGUGGCAAAAAUUGUUAGGUAAUAUUGCCCAAUGUAUUUCUGAAAAAAGUUCAGAAUAUUCUGUAUUCAAUAAACAACAAUUGAGGCGACCUAAUUUUCUGAAAAAGUUUGUCGAAACUAUUUUGGAAAUGUUUCAAAAUGAGGAAAGUUACCAAGUGGAAGCAGAAUAUGUGUCAUCUCUUACUGAAAUCGCAAUAAUGGUCAUUCGUGAUAUGUCAGAAACAACAGAAGAGAUACUUUAUUUAUGGAAUUUCAUAUUUCUUUCCCAUGCUCCGGCUCAUACGUACAUUGCAUAUGGCCAUAGUGACCAUUUAGCUUGGUUACAGCAAGAUUUAGUGGGAGAUAAAACUGAAUGCGACUUGUCAAAGGAUAUUGAUCUCGUUUGCCGCUUAAAAGAUUAUGUUAGUAUUCUUAGCAAAGAUCGUAUAAUCGAAAUCUGGACCAGAGAACGUUCAGUAAGAAAAUUGCGUGAAAUGUAUGAAGCAGCCUGUUUUACACCUGCUGAAGAAAUAGAAAAAUCAAAAAAUUUAGAUACUUCAACUGAUAGUGAUAAACUGCAUACAGUUUCUGAUUUGAAAGACGUACAGCACAAAUCAAGUGAGCACUGUAAUGAUGGAGCCUCUAUUUGUGAAGCAAAAAAAGAUUGGUUCAGUAUUUUUCGUUGUAGAUGUUUGGAACAUCUUACGACAAUUGUUCAACACGCUCCGUGUAUGUUUUUCAGUCAUAUUGUAAAUAUGAGAUUGUCGUGGAAAGCUAUAAUUUCACUGCUGACGAAUCAACGUGACCAGUUAAUUCGAAAUUGUUUGUUCACUUUGCUCACAGAUAUUUUGCUUCGAGCGGGGCUUGAAUUACGCUUUGAUUUUUUGAAGAAUGGUGGAUUUGAAUUACUUUCUAAUCAAAUGAGAGGUUAUUCUGUUACUGAUGAGGUGGCUUCAGCUUUAUUCUCCUUGUUAUUCGAAGAAUCAGUGUGUUUAAGCGAUAUAUUAGACUCAAAAUUUGUGUGUUCUUCGCAGGUAAACAGAUUCAAAUCUAUUGCAUUAAAAGCAAUAUUUGUGUUGUGGGAAGAAAGUGUUGAUCAUUCAACAUUAUCCAUAUAUUGCAAUGUUUCUUCUGUUUUAACCAUGUUAUUCAGUGAAAAUGACAUGUGGAUGCAAGCAAUGAUGGACGUUGGCGUAUGGGUUGCUGUUGUUUCUGUUUUAAGACGAAUUGCCUUACUUCAUCCUAUAGAAACUGACCUCGUUCAUGUAAGUUCGACCACACCGUUCAUGGAAUAUUGGUUUGGUAUCGUUAAAAAAAUCAUACGCAGAUGUGUACCAUAUCGCAAUUGUGAUUUAUAUGAAAUGUGCCUGAAAUUGUUAUGGCUUUCUAAAAUGGCUGUGCUAACGUCAAAUAAUCAGUCGGAAAAAAUUACUCGCCAGGGUCUUUCUUGUAUAUUAGGAUUAUGGCUAUCAGUACUUCAAGAGUUAUACUUAAAUGAAGCAGAUUCAAAAUCAGCAAGCGAAAUGUUAAGCACAGAGCAAGAAAGUGCUGUUGACGUUCAAAAUAUGAAAUGUCCAUACAAGAGCUAUUGCAAUAAAUGUAUACCAUCAGUUGAUGAACGUGCGAAACGUAUUAUAUUGUGUGUCACAGAAAUUUCACAGUUUUUCAUUUGUAUGCCAGUUGAAUAUUCAAGAACUAUUGUUACAAAUCAAGAAAUCAAAUUAUUUGAAAUAUUUUUGUCUUUGCUUUCAACAGUGACUAAGCAUAAAGAUGCUAAUAGUGGUAUUUCCUUACGUUCUGGCAGUAUACAACGUGUUAUUAGUGCUAGUCGAGAGGGUUUGAAAUAUUUGUUCGGACAUCUCAUCUCUUUCGUUCUUUUCCCGGCAUCUUUAAAAGAAGAAGAUUGGGAAUUGAAGAAGCGGCUUAUGAUUGUAAGAUUAUUAGUAUUGCACAAAACACAGUUAAAAAGUUUCUUGGACUCAAAUUUGGAAUAUCAAUGCGCGUUAAAUUUGUCGCUUCAUGAAUUAGCACUAUUGGAUAAUGUACAGGAUUUAAGUUUUCAAAGAGAUGUGGAAGUUUUAAUAAAAUUUUUGAGAUCUCUACAAAUAGAGUCUCCUUUAGCAACAUUAAAUUCAGAUCGCUUCUCAUCAUUAAAUAUGGAUGAAUGGUUGGCUGUACAUGGUUACGUAGAGCACCGAAAUAAAUUUUUAACACACAUGAGACGAAAAGCAGUUACUUACAUUAAGGACAUGGAAGAAAAAACAAAGAAGCGAAAUGAGAUAGCGAUGCAAAUCACAUACGAAGUCGUGGAAGAUCAAAAUAUGUUACGAAAGUACUUCAUGAAGGCUUGUCGAGAAUCAGAACUGAAAGACAUCAAUACCGACCUUUUUCUGGAUCAAUUAGUGACAGAUCUUUCUCAUCCGGAGGGCCUAUGCCACGAUCCUGAAUCUUGGCCGUCAAGUUGGUCACUUGAUCCUACAGAAGGACCAAAUAGAGAGCGUCGCAGAUUAAUGUCCUCACAUUUAUCGUUUGAUUCCAAAUUUUUGCAGCCGGAAGUGGUUAUGAAGAUGAAAAAUCGAGAACGAUCUCCUCCACUCUUCCAUUUAUUAAGUAGUCUGAGGAGAAGCGUUCAUGAAUUGAAUUUGGAAAGCGGUUUAGAGCUUGGAGAACGUAUUAUUUUGUCAUUACCAGCUGUACUUGUAAGAUCAGCUGUUGAAAGUAAUGGUGAAAUUAUUGCUGGAGACAAAAAACUGUAUUUUCAUAGUGAUUGUACCAGAUCUGUGCAGCGGAUAAAUCUUGCCAAUACUCUAUUCAUUCGAUGGUGCUAUGAAGAUUUGGUUGACAUCUGUAAACGGCAUCAUCUCCUGAAAGACAUUGCUUUGGAAAUAUUUUUAGCUAACGGCCAGACUUAUUUAAUUGUUUUUCAAGAACAAAAAGAGCGUGAUCAGUUUGCGUCACAAAUAUUUUCAUCAAAGUUGUGUAAAUUAUCUGGUUUUUCCAAUUUUCCUAUACAUCUCAUUUCACAGUUAUGGCGAGAAGGGGCUAUUACAAAUUUCGAAUAUUUAAUGCAGUUGAACAAAAUGGCUGGGCGCUCAUAUAAUGAUCUCAUGCAGUAUCCAGUGUUUCCAUUCAUUUUGUCAGACUAUCAGUCCGAAAUUUUGGAUCUAACUGACUUUGCUGCAUACAGAGAUUUAAGUCGUCCAAUGGCAGUUCAAGAUAAACGACUAGAACAGCAUUAUCUUCACAAGUAUAAAUAUCUCGCUCGUGAAGCAGCUCAGUUAAUACCAGGACGCAGGACUCCGUUUUCUAUUGGACCUUAUCAUUAUGGAAGUCACUACUCAAAUAUUGGAAUUGUUGCACAUUAUCUUGUUCGACUGCCUCCAUUCACAGAUAUUGCGCUUGAAUAUCAAGAUAAUAAUUUCGAUAUUGCUGAUCGAUUGUUCAAUUCUGUUGAAACUGCAUGGCGUUUGGCAAGCUUUGAUUCAACGACUGAUUUCAAGGAACUUAUUCCUGAAUUUUUUUACUUGCCGGAUUUUCUCAUAAAUCAUGAGAAGCUUAAUUUGGGUAUACGUCAAAAUGGUGAUGUCGUUAAUGAUGUUAUAUUGCCUAGAUGGUGUCAAGGAUCACCGCGUUUAUUUGUGCUGAUUCAUCGGCAAGCAUUAGAAUCGGUUAUUGUUUCUUCUAAAUUGAACCACUGGAUUGAUUUGAUAUUUGGGUACAAGCAAACCGGAAAAGCUGCUAUCGAUGCUAUCAAUGUUUUUCAUCCUUCGACGUAUAGAAUAAAUGUCAUCAAUAAUAUUAAUGAAGGAGAGGACGAAUUAUCUGUUUCUGCAUUACAAACUAUGGUGCAAACUUAUGGACAGAUGCCGUCACAACUGUUUCGUUCACCACAUAUUUCUCGUCUUUAUAAUAAGGAGCAUAACUGCACUUCCAAUAUUUCAUUGAGUCCUCUUGAUACUAUCAAAGGAAUACGAUGGGGUGAAUUUGUUGGAAGUCCAGCUACGGAAUAUGGUGAUUUGGUGAUAAUUUUAAAUGAAGAGCAGAUGAAAAGUGAUAUAUGUGGCGGUAGCAUUAUUGCAUUUUCAGAAGGAAACUGUUUCGUAAUUCCGAACAAAACAUGUUUCAUUUACAAGCAUAAGGACAAAAAAUUGGGAGAUUUUUGUAGCUACGGGUUGAUAACUUGGCGACACAGUGAUGAAUUACUUCGAUUACGACUUGAGCAGCCAAAAUUAUCGUGGAAUUUGGCAAGCUAUCCCAGUUACAGUGUAGUAGCAGUAGCAUAUUCUUUUUCUUUUGAUUUACUCCUUGUAGGUAUUUCAUGUGGAAUUAUAUAUAGUUAUCAUAUUGUAAUAAAUGAUUCGGGUGUCAAAGACUUUGUUCUGUUAAAAGGACUGCAUGCUCACGAUAGCCCAGUACGUGCCUUAACUGUUUGUAGUAAUUUCGCCAUAGGAGCAAGCGGUUGCGAUCAGGGGAAAGUUUGCUUGUGGGAUUUAAAUCGUCUAACUUAUGUUCGAACGCUUGUUUCAACUAAUGAAGAAAAAGUGCAGUUCAUUUGCAUAAGUCGGAGUAGCUGUGAUGUAGCUGUUGUCGGACAUUUUGGAUAUGGCAGCAAUAUAACAUUGUAUACCAUAAAUGGAUUAAAAGUAGGCAGUACCCGGACAGAAAUCGUAGUCACAGCAGUUGCUAUGACAUCGCUUCGGGAAGGAACUACUGUGAACUGUCUUUUUCUAGCAUUGCAAAAUGGAGUGAUAAGAAUAUAUAACUUAUGGACAAUGGGAUUUGUACGUGACAUUGUUGACUAUCGAUUUCUCGAGCCUAUCACUAGCAUUAGUUUUUCAAAUUCCUGUCGGAGGCUUUUUGUGAAUUUUGCAUCUGGUCGAGUAGUGUGUUGGCAAGGACAAAAUUUUAAGUGCAAACGACUACCUGUAUUAAAAAUUGUUUCCGACAAGUGA